AAACCUGGUAGAACGGAUCGCCCGGGGCCAGGCCCUGCACGUCCCCCGCUGGACCGUGCCAGCCGGAGGCCUGAGUGUGCAGUACAGAACGGUAGGAAGCUGCAGCCCUGCGAGUGGGCGGGGCGAGGAAGCCUAGGAGGGUUCAAAAGGAGGUGGAAGGAUACCAGAGCCGCCGUCGGAACUACUUUCAGGAGGAGGUCACGUGUGCGCCUAGUUGGGGAACUUUCCAAAUUCCCUCUGCUCUACCUUAGCUGCUGCGGCAAGUGCUUCGCUUCCUUCGCUUGGUACUCACGCCGGGUCAGCGCAGUAGGACCCACUCCCCUGCGGGACGCGGAGGAAAAGGGGGCACCGACGAGAUUCCCGCGGGAGCGCUGUCUAGCGAGCGCCUGGGAAACUGGUUACACAAGCACCACAUCCAAGCACGUGCCCCCGCCGCCCGGCUCCGCUGGCCGCCGCCUAGCCUUGCAGACCGCGAGGCUGGAGAGUCACCAGGCUGUCAGUACCCGCGCCUGUCUCAACAGAGCAAGCCUAAGGACCGAUACCCGGGGCUCCUCGCCCAGGGUCUGCCCACACUGCGUGCUCCCAACCGUGGGAGGAGGGCUGAGGGUGGGAGGAGGUCCGACGCAUCCCCUAGCAGAUUAAGAACUCUUCUGGCUCUAAGCUCCUAGAGCGAAGAAGUUAUCUCUGCUGCCUGCUGCUUGGGUUUGCCAGUUGGCACAACUUCCAGUCGCUACCCCUUAACUGGUGAGCGCGCCCCACCUACUGUACAGUCUGCUUUUCUUGUCAGAAAACCUAGUUAACAGCAUCAGCCCAGAACAAAUAUGUCAAGUCUCCUUACAAACCAUAUUGGUUGAUCUGUGGCGAAAAGUCAGCUAAUUCAGAAAUGCUGAAGGCUAGAACCCAUUUCCCCUCCCCCAUCAAUCAGCUACAAAGCAAAUAUCUACCUUCUGCCUGGGGAGAACUAACAUCAAUCAACACCAACCUAGGAAUUUCUUCCUUUUUAAUUCUUUCCCUGGGGAAGUAGAACUCAAGAAAACAAUUUUAAUCCAUAAGUAUCUGCCUUGAGACUUGGGCACUGGGUCAUUUUAGAAAUUGGGGGAAUGGGAAUGGAUAAGCAUGUAUGUUGUAAUAAUUGUCAGUAGUUUCCUAGGAAAAUGUAAAGAUUUAUGAAGCAUAUGAGAAAGAAGAUCAUGUGUGUGCACACCAUAGUUGCAGACAGUCCCUGAAGACUGGAAACCUCAAGAGGACUAGCUCAGCCACAAGCCAUUACCUAACUCCAGGACUACUAAUUAAACCAGGGAUAUUUACAGUGUUCUUAGAGAUCUCUGAGGCUACUUAAGUCUAGCAUUUAUAUGCAGCAUCUUUAAGACAGCUCUGCAGGAGGCAACAAUCUGCUGAAGCUUCAGUGCUGAUAUUUAUUGGAGGCUGUUUUUGUGCUCGGUUCUGGUCCACUUGAGGAGGCAGGGACCUUAAGUGCAAAAGGAAAUGGAGACCAUUCUGGGAAGAGUGUGAGAAAGACCCCCCAUUUGGUUUCUAAAUAUGCAAAUCCUGUUCACACAGCCUAGAGUGAGUUAGAGAUUUAUUUUACAAAUCACCAAGGAUAAGGAGUCCGGGAUGUCUAGGUGUGCUUACUAGAUUGCAUGGUAAAAACCAGACCAGUGUGUGCUCAGUUAUCUACUACUGCUCUGUGGGGAACGGGAAAUGAAGAUAAAGUUAGAUCAAGGGAAGUAGAUUGGGAGGGUAAAAGGUCCCACAUUGGUGUUUCGCAGGUUGCUGAUCUGUCCCCAGAGUCUUAGUUACUAGUCUGCCUUAUUCUACCCCUCCCCUGGAGCCUACCCUGUGUGACAAUCAGUCUCACAGCAUCUGAGCAGAUCUGAAUCUGCUUCCCUGGAAGAAAACAAAACGAGGUGCAUUUCUGUCUUGCUAGCUAUUAGCUUGGAGAGGAUCUUCUUCGAUUCCCAUGGCACACGUAUUCUGAAACAGAGAGAGGAUGUGCAUCACUGCCCUCAAGCACCGGAAUAUGAGAGCAGGAAGAAAACGGGAAAUGGGUUUUGCUGCUUAACAUCAGGUCCCUCUACUUCUCUCUAGUGGUGAAUGAAAGGAUCACCUAGGUUAGCAUAUAUUUGACCAGACUGAUAGCAAUAUCAGCUGGAUGUUGGGAGUUGCUGAACAGAAAUCUGCUGCCUUUCUCAAUGUUGUGUGUUCCUGAAAGAAAUAAUUGUUGUAGCCUUUUUCAAGUUUUGUUUUUCUUCACUUUUUCCUUCCCCAUGUGGUAAAGCUAAAACCUACAAAUGGCCUGGCCCGGUGCACAAGAAAAAUAAUUUUUUUUACUUCAAAUAUUUUGUUAGUGAACAGAUUUUCAAAUACACUGGUUUGCAGACACCUCAUUUCAUUACCUGUCUGGAUUCAGCAUGCCUUAGGGAGAAAUAGAAGCUUGUAACAAAGGGAGAAGUAUAUAAAGCUUCACGGAGACUUUAUAGAAUAACUAGGGAGCAUGAUAAACCAGCUUUAAUUAUAAUUUCUAAUAACUGAUUCCAAAACUGUAUUACUACUAUACCCAAAGAAUGUUUGGAGAAAAUUUCUUUUUUAGUUUCUUGGAUAAACAGCAACUUGAUGUAGGUGAUAUAAAUAGUAGAUGUGCUCUUUGUAGAUUUGCUGCUAAAAUGUCUUUUGUGGGACUAUUCAGUCGCUAUAGUGCUUUUCUCAUCUCCCACACACUGACCUUUGAAGAAGAGACCCAAAUCAAUGGCUUUAAUUUCUAAGCAAUCCUCUCUAUUUUUAUGUUUUUUUAGUGUUUUCUAAAUAAAGAACAAUAAAAUACAAAAAAUA